AGGUGUCACUCCAUACAAUGCUAAGAGCAGUGUUUGCCCGAAGCAUGUAGGCAGCCACUUACGCUCAUUUUAUGUUUGUAAAUUGUGCUUGGCUGCUGGGAUUUUUACAGGGGAGUAGGAGAAAAAAGAGCCUGAUUUGCUGCAAAUGCCAGAAAGAGCUAGGAGGCGUCUCAGAUGGGGAGCUUUCUUUAUCAGGGAAGCCCAGCCAGCAUUUGCGUCGUUCCCAAUCUCUCCGCCGUUUUCCUCUCGGUGUGUUCUUUCCCUAGUUGCUCGCGUGAGGGAUAAGGAGGCCAGAGGAGGAGCUGCUGCCAUCUCCGCCGCUGCCGUAAGGAUCAAGCCUCUAGCUGUGCGCGGCUGGCUGGCUGGCUGGCUGGCCUAAGGGAGGAAUCCAUGGCUACUCCACCGCCUCGGCUUCUGCAGUGCAGCGUGAAGCUGCUUUUCCUCAGCGAGGAACAGCUCCUGGAGGGGCUGCAUCUCUCCAACCCCAGUCAGAAAGCUUUCCAGCUGGAGGUGCUGCCGCGAGAGGAGGUCGCCGAUAUGACUGUGACAGACGCUGAGGGAGUCUGUGUGUUUAAAUGUUUGGUUAACAAAGAUACAGAGUACUGUCGUGUUGGAAAAGAGUCUGUUUUGAUAACACUUGGGUACACCAGUGCCUUACUCCAGUUCAGGUCACAUUCUGAAUAUAGCUUGUUUUCAAAUGCACUCAAGAACUGCAGGAAUCAAAAGAAGGAGCACUCUGUGUUCAAUCAGAGAACAGAAGAAGCCUCUGCAGCUCAAUAUUUUCAGGUAGCAGUCCAUUGCAUCACAAUCCUAUCAGAGUUUUAUGGCUGCCUGUCCCAACAACAGAAUAUGAUGCAAGAUUUUGUAAGGACAGCCACGUAUCACAGAGCAAUACUACAGAACCACAUAGAUUUUAAAGACAAGGUGGUCUUAGAUGUUGGCUGUGGAUCAGGAAUCCUUUCAUUUUUUGCUGUGCAAGCUGGAGCUAGAAAAGUCUACGCUGUUGAAGCUAGCUCUGUGGUCAAAUAUGCAGAGAUUCUAGUGCGCAGUAACAAUCUUGGUGAUAAAAUCAAUGUUCUGUCAGGAAAAAUUGAGGAAAUCUCUCUUCCUGAGAAUGUAGAUGUUAUUGUUUCUGAACCAAUGGGUUAUAUGCUGUUCAAUGAGAGGAUGCUGGAAAGUUACCUUCACUCAAAAAAGUGGUUGAAGUCAAAUGGAAUGAUGUUUCCAACAUUUAGUGACAUUCAUUUGGCUCCUUUUUCCGAUGAACAGCUCUACAUGGAACACUACUCCAGAGCCAAUUUUUGGUAUCAACAGUGUUUUUAUGGGGUCAAUCUGUCCAGCCUCCGCAAUGCAGCUGUGGAUGAAUAUUUCAGGCAACCUAUUGUAGACACAUUUGACGUUAGAAUUCUGAUGGCCCGGACAGUAAAAUACACUGUCAACUUUACAGAAGCAGAAGAAGAAGAUUUGCACAGAGUGGAAAUCCCCUUUGUUUUUCAAAUGAUGCAAUCCGGGCUAAUCCAUGGCUUGGCAUUUUGGUUUGAUGUGGCAUUUGUCGGUUCACUGGUAACAGUUUGGCUAUCAACUGCUCCAACAGAACCUCUGACUCAUUGGUAUCAAGUACGCUGCCUUCUUCAAACACCUCUCUUUGCCAAAGAAGGAGAAACUCUUUCAGGAAAAGUCCUGUUUGUAGCAAAUAAGCGGCAGAGUUACGACAUCCAGAUUGUUGCUGCAGUGGAUGAGACUGGCUUUAAGUCAGGCAAUGUCCUUGAUUUAAAGAAUCCAUUUUUUAGGUAUGCUUAGAUUAUGCUUGUAUUUUCCUGCUGGAAGAAAAAAUGGGAUUUACAAUCAAACCAAGAAGCCUCUGAAGUUAAAAGUGUGAAUACAGGACAUGCUCCUUCAUCUGUGAAACCUAACUGUACAUAUCUUAAAAGAAAUAUUUUAUGCAAACUGUAUAAUAUGGAGGUAUUAGUGGAGUUCCACCUUUUCAAACUAGCAGCCAGAUCUUAAACAUGUCCAUUUGCCAAGUAUUUCAUUUUGUGUUCAAUGGUACUUUCCUGGUAAUGCAUUUACUUUGAAAUCUCUUCCACUGAAAACACUGGGACUGAGAAAAUGUGUAAAAUGUGUAUAGGAAUAGAGUGCCACAGCCUCACAUUAUCAAAUGGUUUAUUUUCUUUGUUCCAGUUGCUCAGAAUUGUGCCAUGGUCUGUCUCUUGACCCAAACAAUGACUGUUCUUUUGAUUUUUUUUUUAAAUUGCAAACUAGUUUGGCAGAUUGCUAAGGAGGUAUAAAGCAAUGUGACCGCAAACCAGGGCUCCCAGGCUCUAGUGCCCUACCUCCUGCAUCGCUGGGGCAAUGACUGAUCAAAAUCAUAUGGGUUGUAGAUUUUGUUUGACUUCCAAGGCUCUUGCUUUUUCUUCCCCCAAGGAAUAUUCUUAACAAAGCCUACCUCAUGCUUCUAUACAUAUAUAAGAUGUAAUGUGAACUAUGCUUAUAUUCUGUUUCAAUAUUUUGCAAGAUAUGCUUAAAUACUUGCAGCUUAUCCUCAGCUGGCCAGUAUUAAAAAGUUGCUGUCUCACAGCGUGAUGGCACUAAGCCCUGGCAAAAGUUCCCUACCUAAGUUAUUUAAUGGUUGAAUGAACCUAGACUGUUUACAUCAGUUGACAGGCUUGGCUUCAUAAACUCAAUUAGUGGAAUAAUUUCUCUACAUUCGUAUUUCUGUACAUUUCAUACAUACUGUAGAUAGUACAACUGCAACUGUAUAUUUACUCUUUUCAAUAAAAUUUAAAUAUAAAAUGCAA